AUGAACACUGAACCGUUGCACGUGCUGGGGACGUGGGUCGAAGUUCCCAUGACGGUCGUGGAAGGUUGCAGACUGGCGGAAGAAGAGGCUAUGAACGAUUCGAGAGAAAUCGGGGAAGUGAUCGGCUCGAUGGCUUCCUUCGAGGGGGAGUUGGAGGCGGCAACGACGCCAUUGCAUAAUGUGGUAAAUGCAAACGUUGCCGCAAGGCUAAUCAUGGACGGAAUGAAGCCGACGUCGAGGGAUGGUACAGGGGACCAUCCGUUACAUCUUGUGGAGGAUCCCGUAGUCGCGGUGAUGUUCAUUGCUGGUGGUGGUAAUGUAAACGCGAAGAACGGAAUGGGUUUGAAACCCCUUCACAUGGCAUCAAAUGUCAGUGUCGCGUCUGUAUUGGUCGCUAAUGGAGCGUUCCUUUUUCCCGCACAAAUACUGGACGGAGUAGUAUCUAUUGGGCGAGGAACGAUUCAAUUGCGCGGGUAUUGCUGGCACGUGGUGUGGACGCGAAUGAUCGAAGAUAUGGGGUUGGGGACACACCUUUGA